AUGUCUGACUGUUCUGCUUCCCUUCACCCUUACGAGUCGAUGUGGCAGUACAAGCGUAUCGAGUCCUCGACCUACGAUGGCACCAUACUCAGAGGCAACUUAUACCACAGUACGAAAACAAGUGGUCCGUCGCCCAUAGGGAUUUUCUGCCACGGCCUGGGUCUGCUCAAGGAGCAAUACCUCGAGAACUGGUUCAACCACGUCCUCACUUCCGGUUAUUAUGUGCUCACUUAUGACCAUCGCUUUUUCGGUGAUUCUGAGGGUCUUCCCAGAGAGCAAUUCGAUUGGUUGGGACAGGCGGAAGAUUUCUUCGAUGCCGUCACAUUCGUCCGUUUGCAUUCAAAGGUCGACGAGAACAAGGAACUGGCUGGGGUGUUGCCCAUGCCGGUGGACUGA